CAGCUCCUCAAGUACAGAGCGUAAAGAAACACCAGUCGGAUGGUGCUCGAGAAGACGGCACAGACUCCACCACCGGCACCGGCGGCAAUCAAGAAGGAAGACGCGUCGAAGAACAAGGGGAAGCAGGUGAAGAAUGCUGCUCCCGAAAAGAAUGCAGCUCUGGAGAAGAAUGCGUCCCCAUCAAAGAACGCCAUGACGGGGAAGAACGUGACGCCUACAAGCACGCAGAAAUCUGGUGCCAUCGUGAGCGGUGCACGUGGCGGCCGGGCUGUUGUUUCAAAGGCUAACUAGAGUCCUAAUCCGAAUGAACGAACUGCGAUCUUUAGCUAGUACUGGACUCCGAAGAAGCAUUUGCCGAAUAAUAUAAACACGAAUAACUUUCA